UUCGUCUGUUUGGGUUGAGUUAUCGGCGAAGCAACACGUGUUUCGCGCUUCUCACGAGAAAAACACCGUUAUGCUCAACACUUUGUGGCGAAAAUCAAAGCAUUUUAUCGGAUAUCGUGCGAGUUUAUAGUUCGCUUGAAUUGUGUUUUUGUGGUCGCAGUAUUCAUUUGUUGCGUGUUAAAUAUGGAUUCGUGCCUUGGACUUCAUUAUGGUUGAUUGUUCUUGGGGAUGUACCUCAUAAUCUACGAAGCAAAAAUGUUGGAAGUUCCUGAAGCAACAAGCGACAACAUAUCCGAGGCCAGUUUCGUCACAAGCAUAGAGGAGGCUGCAAGGAUAGACCAAUGCACACAGACGCCACCCAGCGGAAAAGUGAAGGCUAAGCUGCAAAGAUUCAACACCAGUGACCACAUUUACGACAGACAUAGGCCAUACAGAACAAAGCAAGAACUGCGACCCAAGAGUUUGGGACUGUGCGAGUCAUAUCCGAUCUUUGGGAAACCACCGAGCUAUGACGGGAGUCACGUUAACAGAUUAAAAUCGACUACAGAAAGCCCGACAAUAUCAGUGACCGCUCCCCACAGCCUCGAGUACGAUUGUAACAAAGGCAGUAGCACACCCAAUGGAAGUAUAACGCCCAAUAUGCUGGCCAGCAAAUCUGCGGCGACUGUGCUGCUAAGCCCUGGUUACAUGCCAUGCCAGUGCAACCAGUCCAUUAGAAGUGUAAGCGAAGUGGCCCUAGCGAUGCCUGUAAAUAACUGGAACGAUGAGGCGCUGGCGCCUGGGUCGCCAGACGGAUUGUCCUGGCGAAGACUACAUAUGUCCAGAGCAAAACUGAAAGCCACAGCCACGACGUCCGAAUUGUUGUCUGGUUUUGCAAUGGUAGCAAUGGUGGAACUACAAAUAAACGAACCGACCAAUGUACCAGAGUGGCUAUUCGUUAUGUUCGCGGUGUGUACAACAGUAUUAGUUGCUGUACAUAUCUUCGCUUUGAUGAUAUCCACGUAUCUAUUACCCAAUAUCGACGCAGUGAGCAAAAUGGAGCCAGGGUGUCCGUCAAGGGCGCUGCGGGAGUCUCCACACGAACGAAUGAGGGGUUUCAUUGAGCUGGCUUGGGCGUUUAGUACUGUUUUAGGUCUCUUUCUGUUUCUGGUGGAAAUAGCUAUUCUCUGCUGGGUUAAAUUCUGGGACUAUUCGUUCGCAGCCGCCACCGCAGCCACUGUUAUUGUUAUACCAGUUUUAAUAGUGUUCGUGGCAUUCGCGAUACACUUCUACCAUUCCCUGGUUGUGCAGAAAUGCGAAACGUCCGUCCAAGAUAUAAAACAGCUGGAAAAUAUGAAGAGAGACCUCGACACUGCCACUGUUAAGGUCAACAUGUACCCCUGAAGCCAUUUGUGAUUAUCGACCUUUUUUAAAUGUAUAAAAAAAUAUUCGUUAACUUUUUCAAAAUUAAAACGUUUGAACCCUUUAUGUUAAAAAAAUCAAUUAUUAAAUUAUGUAUGCAGCCAAGAUUAGGUACCAACAAUGGGUUUCAAAGACUAUAUUGUAUGCAAAUGUUUUAUGGAGAAUUGGACAUUUUUAGAUGGCUCUUAAAAACCUCUGUAUCUGACUCGAUAAAUUCUAAAACAACGACAAAACGAAUAUUUAUAAUCUAUAGUUAAGUUUUAUUUACUAUUCAACAAAUGAACACUACCGUUAACUAAACUAUAAAUUCUGGCUGGCCAUUGACCAAUUAAAAACAAGUGACAGUCGCUUUUCAACUAUUCUUUGUCAAAUAUUUGUAUGAAACUUAGUUUUACGCGACCAUUGAUAGUUUCAUGUGUAGUAUUAUCUGUUUAAUACUUAAUUAAACUCACGAUACUACACAUUCUUACCAUCCUUGAGAACAAUUUUGUACCGGCCACAUUUAUUAAGACCCAAGCAAAUUAUUCUAAACUUAGCCUCUACAAAAUGAAGGAUAUAACGCCCUCUAGUGCUUUUUAAAUAUAUUUUUAAGUUUUGCAGAGCUCAAUUAAGGUUCUGAUCAAUGUAUAAUAACUUGCUUAUAUGUUCAAAAAUGGGCGGUAUCUUGCCCUGUAUGACUGUCCAUAUUGUGAUAAGUAUUUUAGUUAAAAAAGGACCAAUGUAAUAAAAUUCCCUAUCAGUAUUCAUAUUGAUAAGCAUUAAUUUAAUUGUGAUAGGACAAUUUUAACUUAAUAAAAUAUUUUCUAUAAAG